GAAACUUCUCGACCAGCAACAGUGAAAAUUUCCACCACAAAAACCAGUCAGUCCGUCGCUAGCCAGGCUUCCAGAACGUUCUGAAGAUUUCUGGCUUUCGUUGCUGCUGCUCUUGUCGGAUUCGCUGCGUUUGUGUUGAAAAUCAAAACCGAUUCAGGUAAAAGACACAAGAUGGUCAAGGAAACCGGUUAUUACGACUUGCUCGGUGUUAAGCCGGGUUGUUCCCCGGAGGAUUUGAAGAAAGCUUAUCGGAAGCUUGCACUGAAAUACCACCCUGACAAGAACCCCAAUGAAGGAGAGAAGUUCAAGCAGAUUUCAAUGGCUUACGAAGUUUUGUCAGACCCGGAAAAGAAGGCCAUCUACGACGAAGGCGGUGAAGCUGCUAUCAAGAAGGGUGGAGCCGGAGGUGGUGGCGGUUUCCACAGUCCGAUGGAUAUCUUUGAGAUGUUCUUCAGCGGCGGAAUGGGCGGACGCAGCAAACGGGAACGUCGCGGCAAAGAUCUCGUUCAUCAACUGUCAGUGACUCUUGAAGAACUAUACUCCGGAGCGACCAGAAAGUUAGCUUUACAAAAAAAUAUUAUCUGUGAUCAGUGCGAAGGACGCGGCGGAAAGAAGGGUGCCGUUCAGAAGUGUUCGCCCUGUCGUGGAACCGGUAUUGUGACUAAGAUCCAACAGUUGGCACCCGGUUUUGUGCAGCAGUUUGAAGAGGCAUGCCGCCUGUGUCGUGGUAUGGGCGAGAUUAUUGACGAGAAAGACAAAUGCAAAAAUUGCAACGGCAGAAAAACGGUACGAGAUCGCAAAAUUCUCGAAGUUAACGUAGAAAAGGGUAUGCGUGACGGCCAAAAAAUAAUAUUUUCUGGCGAAGGUGAUCAAGAUCCUGAUCUACAACCGGGUGACAUUGUUGUAGUGUUGGACGAGAAGGAACAUCCCAUUUUCAGACGAUCGGGACAGGAUUUGAUCAUGCGCAUGCAGCUGCCCCUCGUGGAAUCGCUAUGCGGUUUCCAAAAAGUCAUUAAAACACUGGACGAUCGAGAUUUGCUAAUCACGUCGUAUCAGGGUGAAGUGGUCAAGCACGAAGCCAUCAAAUACAUUGCCGGCGAGGGCAUGCCCCAAUAUAAAAAUCCAUUCGAAAAGGGACGAUUAAUUAUCCAGUUCUUCGUGGUGUUCCCGGAAUCGAUGCCUAUCGAUUUGGUUCCAUUGCUUGAACAAGCUCUACCGGGUAGGACAAGCGUUAAAGUUCCCGCCAACGCAGAGGAAUGUAAUAUGAUGGAAUUGGAUCCUGAGCAGGACCGCCGGAAUAGUAGUUAUAAAAAUGCAUACGACGAGGACGAUGAACAUCACGGUCCGGGCGUGAGGGUGCAGCAGUGUGCUACGAGUUAAGAACCUUCAAUCGAAAUUCGGCACGGCCAGGUGAUACUUUAAAACAGAUGGAGAAGAGAACAACACAACAGUUAGCUAUCACCGAUAACAAGAAAAUAAAAUGAAAUAAUGUCAAGCGGAGGCAUAGGUACACGGGAAGCGCAGGGGAAAUGCGUAUACUGUAUAAGUGUGUGCAUUAGAAGCUAAAUUAUAAUUUUUUAGUUUUUUUGUCCUUAACUAAAACAUUACUUAAUGUACUUUUCUACAAGAGAUAACUCGACGCAAUUUUUCCGGAUUCAGCAAAUACAUCUGGCACAAAUAUCUCAAAAACAUGAAAAUUAAAGUUCCAUUUUUAUCUUUUUGAAAAGCUUUGAACGCAUUAAAAGAGUUUUCUCUAGUAGAAUAUUUGACAACACCCUCCGUCGUUCAUUCCACAAAGUAUCCAAGAUAAUAAUAUUUAUUGCAUCGCUAAAAUCGCGGUUAAAUGACUUGCAAUAUAGAGAACACUUGUUUUUUGGACUAUUUUACCUUCUUUUUUACAUUCAUUCUUUCAGUGAAUGAAUGAUCCAGGUUAUCUCCGCACGUUGACACCGCCUCUGAAAUGCUCGCUAACACUGCUCCAAAGUUUUUUUUUUCUUUAUUUCUUCUUAAUCUUAAACAUAGCACCAAUUACUUGCUGUAUUCUGCAGAUAUUUUGUAGAUCCGAACAGUUUAGGAAUUUGUUGAAAAGUUUUAAAGAUACAUCGGUUCCAUGAUGGUGGUUUGAGAAAUCAUACCGCUAAUCGGAACAAGGCUAGGGAGAAACGAAUAAAAUAAGCUGAAUUAUUAUAUCUAGCUGAAAACAAUGGAAAUAUUUAAUAAACAAACAAAACACCCUUGAAUCACUAAGUAUGAAAACCAAACAAACAACCACGUCUAUAUAUACUCGGGUGAAAGUAAAGGAUGAAACAUUUCUAUCUUCAUUUAGAAUGGAACAAUGAUUGUAACAUUGAGUAUAAAUUAUCAAUAACUUCCCAGAAGAUAA